UGUAGACCUUCUCCAUAAUUUGUACAUCUCUACAGAAGCAGGGUGCCCAAAACAAGAUGCAGUGCUCCAGGUGGAACCUCACCAUAGCCUUGAACAAUCAGGUGAUGAGCAUCCUGAGCAACCCCAGCGGGGUUCCUCCGCAGCCCCAGGCUGACUUCUCCAUCUCUCCCCUUCACGGUGGCCUGGACACCACCAACUCCAUCUCUGCCAGCUGCAGCCAGCGGAGUGACUCCAUCAAGUCCGUGGACAGCCUCCCGACCUCGCAGUCCUACUGUCCUCCCACCUACAGCACCACCAGUUACAGCGUGGACCCAGUGGCUGGAUACCAGUAUGGGCAGUAUGGACAAACUGCUGUUGAUUAUUUGGCCAAGAACGUGAGCCUGUCCACGCAGCGCAGGAUGAAGCUGGGAGAACAUUCGGCCGUUCUGGGGCUCCUACCAGUAGAGACAGGCCAAGCUUACUGAAGAGCCCAACCGUGCCAACAACCCACUCCAGCAACUCGGUACCACUGGAGAAACACUACCAGCCUUCCAGGGAUCUGCCUGUACCCGGACCCUACUCCUUCCCAACUCCCUUCCACCUCGCAUCAACUUGAGAAGGAGACGGGAAAGAUGGGGAGGGCUCUCCAAGAAUCCAGCUCCUCCCAGAGUGCUCAGAGGCAAGCCUGGCCUCAUUGACCUGAAUUCUGUGGCCAGAGACAAUAGGUUGGGUACAUUUAUUAACCCCGAGUUCAUGCCCUCCCUCCACCUGGCCAUGGCGUUUUGCCCACGCUUAAGGACUUUCCAUUGAUCUAGGUAGUUGGCAUAGUCAAAGCCAAAUUGAUCUUUUCUUUUUGUUUCCUUUUCUUUCCAUUGGUGUAAAUUUGGUGAAUGUUGUAUAGGAAGGAAUAACCAAGCUGACUGUUAAGGAUGAUGUAAUUUGGGACCACAGAAGACCUAUGGACCAAAUAUAAGAACUUGUUUUAAACAAAAAACAACAACAACAACAACAACAACAAAAAACAGCAUCAUGAACACAAGAAAUAUGAACAAACACACAAAGACAAACAAAAAGCUCAAACGUAAAUUAAAGAGACAACAAAUGUCCCCACCCCACUCUACCCCUCUGUUCUCACUGAUGGCUUCCCAAAGCAGGGCCAAAGCAGGCCAGAUUGCUGCUAAGCAGGGGCAGGGUGGAUGUCCGUCCAGCCUGGGACCUUCGGAAGGUGUAAAUGUGAAUUGCUGCAUGAGGACGGGAGAUUUGGGCACAGGCACGAGCAACAUUUACGUUUCCUCAUAGGGACCAAGUUUGACCUGGUUAUCACCAAAAGGACACGGGCAUCAGAUAGUGGCAGAAGAUGUGGUAGCAAACUCUGGCCAGAGAGAGGGCAUCAGAUACAGAUGACUACUGUGGAGCUUUUGCCCUUGCAAUCAACAAGGGUGAGGACUGUCGUGGCCCUUCCAUCCUUCAGUGGGAGAGAAGUUGGCCAUAAAGAGCAAAAACAGUGGAGAGAAGGAAGAGUCAAAGGUGUUUCAGAGGGUCAGUGUGCAGAAUUGGGUUCUGCUGCAAGGUUCCACCUGAAUGAAAAUGGGGCUGCACGGUCAGACGAGUUCUGCUCCAGCACGUGCUUCUAGGCCCAGGUUGUUACAGACACUUCUGCUGUGCCCUUUUUUUCUUACUGCUGUUUCUUCAGUUCUUUCCAAAUAAUCCGACGUUGUUUUUGCAGCUGAAACAACGUUUUCCUGGGGAACCCCCCCCUGCCUUGCCCCCGCCUCAUUUAUCACGAACCUCCAAGCUGCUUUUUCCUGAGCCAUGUGGGCAAAUACCUGUCGGGACCAAAGCCGAAUUUUGCUUCUUACAUUGCUCAGUGUCCUUUCAGACCCAUAUACAGCAUUGAUCAGCUUUGCUGCAUGUGGGUGAUGGAGCCUACAUUCCUAAAAGUGUGCUAACACACCAGCUUGGCCAUUCUGCUAGUCACGCCAUCCCCAGUUUGUGCCAGUCUGAGGUCUUGGUAAGCAACACAAGCUGCUGCUCUUGAGCUGAUCAAAGGGAGAAAUCCCUUCUGAACUCCAGUCCUAGCUUAACUGUUAUUCCCAAGUCACCUUCUGUGACUGCCGUGUCAGAACAGGGGGUUCUAGGGCAAGAACAAGGGUGUCUGUGUUGGACACGAGCAUAGGGGUCAAUGCCAGAAACACCCAUUUGCUAAACAACCCACUCUUUAACAAGAGGCCAACAAUCCCCACUACUUCACACUGAAAUUUCUGACCAAAUGCAUUCCUCGCUGCCUGCAAAACUAGAAGGAAAGUUUCAGUUUGUCACGAGAAUCGCUCCCGCUAGCAAAAUCCUACCAGCUCUCUUCUCCCCACUCCAUCCUAUCUCCCAGCCGUGCAUCCCAGCCCACCUCCCAACCACCCCCGAGGAGCGGUGCACAGAACCCCACCAAUUAAAGUCUUAAAUAGAGGGAGCACCGCAGAAACCUGUUUGCCGUUCACCUUCACCUGAAAGUCCGUGAGUACCCGGGCACUGCUGUAAAUAGAGUUUGUAGGGGAAUCCAGAUCGCCCCGCUAGCACCCAUAGCUGUUCUCUGACCUUUCCCUCGUGGUCGCACUUUGUACAUUAGUUGGAAAUUUGGUCAUGUGCUGUAUGUUUAUAGAAAGUUGACUUUUUUUUUUCCUUUCUUCCUUUUUUUUUUUUUAAAUACUAAAAACACAGUGAGUGCCGUGCUAGUUAAAGAAAAAUAUAUUAAAAAAAUUUAAAAAA